AUGGCCUUGUGUGCUGUCUAUUGUCCAAUAAUGGCUUUGAUUUUGGCCUCCAAUAGGCCAAAAUCGCCCUUCCCAUCAAACUUCUCAAUUUCAUACCUUGCAAGAGUCAUUUCUGACCUCAUCGUGUAUCAAGUUAUGGACAAGCACUUGAGCAUUUUGGCAAAGCAACAUAUUGAGACACGUUUUGUAAAAAUUAAUGCUGAGAAAAGUCCAUUUCUGGCUAAGAAGUUGAAGAUCGUUGUUCUUCCAACCCUUGCUCUGAUCAAGAAUACAAAAGUAGAUGACUAUCUGGCAGGAUUUGAUAAGCUUGGUGGAACUGACGAAUUCAGCACAGAGGAAUUGGAAGAUAGAUGGGCAAAAUGUCAAGUCAUCUUCCAUGAAGGUGAAUCAUCCAUAAAUGCUUCAAAAUCUAGUGCACAAACCAAGAGAAGUGUACGACAAAGUACGAGAUCAGACUCAUCAGAUUCAGAAUAA